AUGAUUAAUAAUAUAUUAAGCAACACAAAAUCUAUUAAAAAGACAAAAUCAUUUCUUGACAACGGAAAAGAUUGGAUAACAUCAAUUAAGAACAAAAAUAACAACGCUGUUAAUAGGAGAGAUAUAAAUGAGUCUGCUACCAAGUUCUUCGAAGAACUUUUCAAAUCGAGAAAAGAAAUAAAAGAUGAUAAUACAUCGAUGGCGGACAGUUACUCCAAAUUAAAUACUGUUACACUUUUUACAAAAACAGAUAUUGAACAAGCAAUUGACGAUCUUAAGACAGAUAAGUGUACAGGAAAUGAUGGUAUUGUAACAGAAAUGCUCAAAUAUGGAAAACAACCAAUUUCUACAGUCUUUACCAUGAUUUUUAAUGACAUACUUAUAACACAGCAGAUUCCAAAACGAAGGAAACAAGCUACAAUUACUCAUAUCCACAUAAAAGGAAAUAAAGAUGACAUAAAUAACUACAGACCAAUAAGCAACAUUUCUAUGAUAUAUAAACUGUUCUCCAAAGUAAUGUACACAAAAAUUAAGGACACAUUAAACAGAAAUCAGCCAAGGGAACAAGCAGGAUUCCGAGAAGGUUUUUCAACAACAGACCAUCUACAAACAAUGAACCAACUAAUUGAAAAAACUAACGAAUUUGAAAAACCUAUUCAAGAAACUAAACUGGGUCAAUAG